CCCCGAAAAAAAAAAAAAAAACCCAAAACCCACCCAAAACCAAACCCCUCCAUUUCCCCGCCCCGUCUCCUCCCGCCCCGGGGGUUCGAGGCGACGGUGAUGGGCCCCGCGUUGUUUUUGGCCGCCGCUGCCGCCGCCUCCUUGGCGUUCCCGGUUACCGGAGCCGGUCCCGGUCCUACCCGGCUCCGUUUAUUCUUCACCCCCCCCCGUUGUCGGUUCCGUUGUUCCGGUGGCCGCUGCGCCCAUUUCUGCCAGCGGGGAAACGCCACCGCCCUGGAAAGCGGCCGCCAGCCCGGGGGGGGCAGCGGGUUCCGUCUCGUCGUCUGCCCGCUGCUGUGCCGAAACGGGGGGGUCUGCGCUCGCCCCGACACCUGCCUGUGCCCCCCCAAAUUUACCGGCAAGUUCUGUCACCUCCCCGCUAACGACACCCAAGGGGACGGGGGGGUCCCCCAAAAUCCGGGGGGGCCCCAAGCCCUCACCCAAUCCGUCUACACCCUACCCUUGGCCAACCAUCGGGAGGAAGAGGAUGGUGCCCAGUCCAUGGUGAGCAUCCACGUGCAGCACCCACCCGAAGCCUUGGUCACCAUCCACCAAGUGGAACGGGUGCGGGGGGGAGAGGAGACCCCCCCAGCACCCACAGCCCCCCCAGCACCCAAAGCCCCCCGCCCAGCACCCCUCUAUCGCGUCGUGGCGCAGAGCAGCCCCCGGGUGCCCCCCAGCGAGGAGGGUGCUGGGUACGGGUACUGCUUCCGGCAGCUGCGCGGGGGAGAGUGCAGCUCCCCCCUCCCCGGUCUCCGCACCCAGGACGUCUGCUGCCGGGGCGCCGGCGUGGCGUGGGGGGUCCACGAGUGCCAGCCCUGCGACGGCCACCCCCAGCUGCCCCAGCGGGAUGCUCCGUGUCCCCAAGGCUUCCAGCGCGUCAAUGGGUCCUGCGUGGACGUGGAUGAGUGCCAGGAGGGGGGGUUCUGCCAGAACGGGCUCUGCACCAACACGCGGGGCAGCUUCGCCUGCCUCUGCCAGCCGGGAUUCCUGCUGGAUUCUUCCCGCUCCAGCUGCAUCUCCCACCAGGUGAUCUCGGAGGCGCGGGGACCCUGCUACCGCGUCCUGCGGGAGGGGCGCUGCGCCCUCCCCACCCUCCGCAACAUCACCCGGCAGAUCUGCUGCUGCAGCCGGGUGGGCAAAGCCUGGGGGGGCUCCUGCCUCCGCUGCCCCCCCUUCGGCUCCGAGGGGUUCAAGGAGAUCUGCCCGGCCGGCCCCGGUUACCAUUACUCCGCCUCCGACCUUCGCUACAACACCCGAUACCUGGGGCAGGAUCUGGCCCGCGUCCCCCUCGGCCGUCCCCGCGCCGUCACCGCCGCUCCCCCCCCCCGAUGGCAGGAGGAGCGACGACCGGGUCCCCUGCCCGUCACCCGAAUGCCACCCGUCCCCACGAGGCCACCGCUGGUCCCCGAGAGGCCACCGCUGGUCCCCGAGAGGCCACCGCCAGCCCCCGAGGUCAUUGUGGUCCCACGACCCACCCAGGGACUGGUGGGACCCUUCCCCACCCGGGAGGGACCGAGUCCAGCCGUCGGCAGCGUCUGCGAGAGGAACCCCCAGAUCUGCGGCCCCGGGCGCUGCGUCCCCCGCCAGGGCGGUUACACCUGCCUCUGCCACCCUGGGUUCUGGCUCAGCACCCAGGGCACCCACUGCAUCGACGUCGACGAGUGCCGGCGCAGCCCCCGACCCUGCGCCAACGGGCGCUGCGAGAACUCGGUGGGGAGUUACCGCUGCGUCUGCUCCCCCGGUUACCGUCCCGGCGCCGCCGGCACCGACUGCCAAGAUGUGGAUGAGUGCGCCCAGAGCCCCCCGCCCUGCGCCCACGGGCGUUGCGAGAACUUGCCGGGUGGCUACCGUUGUGCCUGUCCCGCCGGCUACCGGGGGGCCGCGCCGGAUGAGCCCUGCGAGGACAUCGACGAGUGUGAGAACCACCUCGCCUGCCCUGGCCAAGAGUGCGUCAACACCCCGGGCUCCUUCCAGUGCCAGCCCUGCCGCGAGGGCUUCCAGCUCCACCGUGGCCGCUGCGCAGACGUGGACGAGUGCGCAGUGGGUUCCCCCUGCGGCCCCCACGGCCACUGCGCCAACACCGAGGGCUCCUUCCGCUGCGAGUGCCGGCGCGGUUACCGAGCAGGCGGCGACGGCACGCCGUGCGCAGACAUCAACGAGUGCCUGGAGGGCGACUUCUGCUUCCCCCACGGCGAGUGCCUCAACACCGAGGGCUCCUACGCCUGCCUCUGCGCCCAGGGCUACGCCAGCACCCCCCAGGGCACCGCCUGCGCCGACGUGGACGAGUGCCAGCGCGGGGGCGUCUGCGAGGGCGGCCGCUGCGUCAACACCGACGGUUCCUUCGAGUGCCACUGCCCGGCGGGUUUCCGCACCGACUCCGACAAAGCCCUGUGCCAGGACGUAGACGAGUGCCAGGAGUACGGCGCCAGCCUCUGCGGCGCCCAGCGCUGCGAAAACAUCCCCGGCUCCUACCGCUGCGUCACCGAUUGCCAACCCGGCUACCGGGCCGGUGACGGUGGCGACUGCGUCGACGUAGACGAGUGCCAGGAGUACGGCGCCAGCCUCUGCGGCACCCAACGCUGCGACAACCUCCCCGGUUCCUAUCGCUGCGUCACCGAUUGCCAACCAGGCUACCGGCUUGGUGACGACAGGGACUGCGUCGACGUGGACGAAUGCUCCAACGGGACUUUGUGCGGAGCCCACGCCACGUGCCACAACCUCCCCGGCUCCUUCCAGUGCGCCUGCGAUCCGGGCUACGAAACCGCCCGCCACGGCCACCACUGCGUGGAUGUGGAUGAAUGCGAGACGUUACGGGGGGUCUGCGGGGCCGAACGCUGCGAGAACGUCGAAGGCUCCUUCCUCUGCCUCUGCCCCGACAGCCGGGAUGAAUUUGACCCCGUGACGGGGCGUUGCGGCCCCCCCCCAACCCCCCAAACCCCCCCGCGGGCUCAUGGCACGGCUGCCUGUUUCAGCAAAGCUUGUGGGGUGCUGGCACCCAACGUCACCCAGCAGCAAUGCUGCUGCAGCCUGGGCUGGACUUGGGGCACCCAGUGUCCUGCCCAGCCCUGCCCAGCCCCCGGCACUGACGAUCACCUCACCAUCUGCCCGCACGGGCAGGGCCGAGCCGCUGCUGGUCCCCAGGACUUGCCGGCAGACGUGGACGAGUGCCGGCUCUUCGGGCCCCAGCUCUGCCGGGGGGGGGUUUGUCUCAACGCCGCCCCCGGCUUCAGCUGCUACUGCCCCAGCGGCUACUACUACGAGCAGGAGCAUCUGCAGUGCGUGGAUAAUGACGAGUGCGCGGCCGAGGAGGCAGAGCCCUGCCUGGGGGGUCGCUGCGUCAACACGGUGGGCUCCUACUACUGCUCCUGCCCCCCGCCGCUCGUCCUGGACGGGUCCCAGCGCCGCUGCGUCGCCAACGACACCCACCUGGAUGCUGCCCAAGCCGUGUGCUGGCAGGAGGUGGGGGUCGACCUGGUGUGCGGCAGACCCCGGCUGGACAGGCAGGUCACCUACACCGAGUGCUGCUGCCUGUACGGGCAGGCCUGGGGCAUGGACUGCGCCCUCUGCCCUGCCCGCCACUCAGACGACUUCGAGUUCCUCUGCAAUGUGCUGCGCCCCCCCAACUACGGCCCCCCCCGCGCCCCCCCCUCCUACGAAUACGCCCCCGACUUCGCCCCCCCUUACGGCCUCCCUUACGGCCCCGACAUUUUUGGGGGGCCCCGGGUUCCCCCCCCGGCUCUCCGCUCCGACUAUGACCCUUAUGGCUUUGGGGGGGUUGCGGGGGGUUACGACCCCCGGGGGGACCCUCUCUACGCCCCCCCCCGCUAUGAGGGUGAAGAUUUCGAGGAUCCCCGGCGCCCCCUCGUCCAUCGGCCCCGGGGACCCCGCUACGAGCCCCCCGACCCCCACCCCGGCCCCCCCUGGUCCUACCAACCCCACGGGACCGGGGGGUUCAUCGAGGAGGAGGAAGAGGAGGAGGAGGAGGAUGGGGAGGAGGAGGAGUGUGGGGUGCUGAGCGGGUGCCGGAACGGGCGCUGCGUGCGGGUGCCCGACGGCUUCACCUGCGACUGCGAUCCGGGGUACCGGCUGGACCCCGCUCGGCUGGACUGCGUCGACAUCGACGAGUGUUUGCAGGCAGCGCUCUGCCUGCCCGGCCGCUGCCUGAACACCCCCGGCUCCUUCCGCUGCCUCUGCCCCCCCGGCCACGUCCUGGCCCUGCCCACCCCCCGCUGCCUGCCCGCGCACCCCCCCCCCCCCGAGCCUGAGGGACCCCCCCCCCCCCCCAAAUCUCCGCCGGGGGCCCCUAUAUUUAUUGUGUGUGUGUAUAUAUAUAUAUAUAAUGUAUAGGAUCUGGGUGGGAGGACCCAUCCUGCCCCCACCCACCCACCCCGGACCAUCAAUGGGGGGGGGGGGGGAGCACCCAUGGGUGCUCCUGCUGGCACCUGGUUGGGUCAUCAUUCCCCCCCCCCCCCGCCGCCGCCUCGUUUUUGGGGUGCUGUGGUAGAGCAUCCCAGGGAUGGGGUGGGGGAGAAGUUUGGGGACCCCCCCCGCCCACACCCACUUUUACAGAAUAAAGGUUUUCUAUAA